GAGCCUUGCAGGCAGGGGGCUUCCAGGCUUGGGAUACCUGGGCAUUCCUGGUCCAGGAAAGGACCCAACAGACCUGCAACUCAGAAGCCAAAUGAGACCUCUCCCAGGCAGGUCCGCUCUGCGAUGGCGGCUCUCAUACACCUCAUAGAAGUGAGGCAGCGGGGACAGCCGCUGCGGCAGCACUCGAGCCAGCUCCAGCCCGCAGCUCGCAGGGAGAUCCAGCUCCGUCCUGCCCGCAGCAGCCCAACCCUGCACACCCACCAUGGAUGUCUUCAAGAAGGGUUUCUCCAUCGCCAAGGAGGGCGUGGUGGGUGCGGUGGAGAAGACCAAGCAGGGGGUGACGGAAGCAGCUGAGAAGACCAAGGAGGGGGUCAUGUAUGUGGGAACCAAGACCAAGGAGAAUGUUGUACACAGCGUGACCUCAGGCCUGCCUGGGGGCUGGGGCGGAGGCCAGUCAGUGUCCUCCCGCAGUGGCCGAGAAGACCAAGGAGCAGGCCAACGCCGUGAGCGAGGCUGUGGUGAGCAGCGUCAACACUGUGGCCGCCAAGACCGUGGAGGAGGCGGAGAACAUCGCGGUCACCUCCGGGGUGGUGCGCAAGGAGGACUUGAAGCCAUCUGCCCCCCAACAGGAGGGUGAGGCAGCCAAAGAGAAAGAGGAAGUGGCAGAGGAGGCCCAGAGUGGGGGAGACUAGAGGGCUACAGGCCAGCGCGGACGCCCUGAGGAGCGCUCCUCUGCCUUGGACACCAUCCCUUCCUAGCACAAGGAGUGCCCGCCUUGAGUGACCUGCGGCUGCCCACGCUCCUGCCCUCGUCCCUGGCCACCCUUGGCCUGUCCACCUGUGCUGCUGCACCGACCUCACUGCCCUCCCUCGGCCCUGCCCGCCCUCUGGUCCUUCUGACCCCACAUAUGCUGCUGUGAGUUUUUUUUUUAAUGAUUCCAAAUAAAACUUGAGCCCACUCCU